CUCUAGAUUCUUAAAAUACCCAGGUUGCUUCAGCCCCCAACUACCCCCACAUCCCCUCUGCCCGCGAGGGAAAAUUUCGAGAUAGUUUUGUGGGAAAUUGAAGGAAUUUGGGGUUCUUCCUCCGCAAAAUUCAUUCCAUUUCUCCUCUCCCGCCCCAUUCUUCCCUCUCCCUGCCUCAAAAAAUUUGUCCCAAACACCUUCUGUAACUAGUCACCCACUCUCUCUCCCUGCGUAAGCGCCACAAGGAUUUGUGUGGGGGAAAGCAGAAGCUCGAAAUUUUCAUGAUUCAAAGUUGUUAUAGGUGAAGGAACAUAAAGAAUUGAGUGGUAGGUUAGUGCUGUAAUGUGCUUUAACAUGAUAAGUUUGGAGAUGUAUUUUUUAUAUUCACGAUAAGUUGUAACCCUGAGGGGUAGCUUAGUGGUCAGGUUUUAGGUUUACUCCCCAACGAUCAUCAGUUCGAGUCCUGUCAGAGAUAUUGAGGUGAAUACCCGAUUGUAAACUUCAGGGUCCCGUGGAAUUAGUUGAGGUGCGCGUAAGCUGACCCAGACACCCAUGGUCGUAAAUAAAAAUUAAAAAAAAAUAAAAAUAUAAAAAAAAAUAAAAAUUCACGGCAAGCUGCAAGAAAAAGUUGUUGUUUAAUGUACGGUUUAGUAAUUUGAUGGAGUCUAAAUGUGGUUGCUUUCUUUUUUUGGAUUCAUUUAUGCCGCAUGUCGACAUAGUUAUACAUUUUUCCUUCACCCUUUUACUUUGAGACUGAAAUAUAACUUUACGCACAUACUUUAUAUUUAGAAAUGAGGGUGUCCGGAAAGCAUACAUCCAUGUUUGACUCUGUAAAUCUUAAUAAAUUUUGAUUAGUACUUCUGCGAAAAUGGAAUAAUCUAUGUGAUUCUUAAUAAGUUUUGGUGUGUACAUGUGAUAAAAUGCAGCUGUUAUUUACCUAGACUAUUUGGAGAAAAAGUGGAUUGAUGAUAAUUUACUCUAAAAAUUGAUGAUGAGAUUAUGUGCUUUAUGAAUGAAGUAAUUGAAAAAGAAUCGACAAUGAGGCCAUGUUCUUAUUUUUAGCGAAUUGAAUAGUCCCAUUGAUUCUAUCUUUUGGACUGCAAAUUACAUGGCCAAACAAAUUAAAAUGAUAUAGUUGACUUGUAAAAAACUUGAGUGCAGGUUUAAAAGAUUUGUAUAUGCACAUCCCAUUGUUCUGCAUCGUAAUCAUAGGAUAUAGAGUUGUGUAUUAAUGAAGAGCGUAAUGAAGUCAGGGCAGAAAACAAAAUUUGGUGUAAUGAAGGUAAGCCAGCAUGUAGCAGAUGUUGUGAAAACCCACCCAUUUAGGGAUCUGAUUUCUCUUUUUCUUGGACACACACUCGACAUCACAUAGGGGAAAUGAUCUCAAUUUGGAAGCUGAGGCUUUGUUCUGGCUCCUUCUACGAUCUCUCUCUUCCUAGUUUUCUUUUGGUUACUGUUUAACUGCACAUGCCAGUUAAAAGUUCAAUGUAUUACUACUUUUCCAACAGUCUAUGAUGAAAUUAAUGCAAUGCAUUUUGAAGAAAUGAAAUCAUCUGAAAGAAUUGCAACAAUGAUUUAUUCCAAAUUGAGAUAUGUUUUGAAGAUGGGCAUGAAUACGAAGUGACGAUUCGCGUUUUUAUAUGACAUUUUCCAACAGCUCGAGACAUGCUUCCUUCAAAUUCACCCUUAAUGCAUUAAUGAAGUAGUUUUAAAUUGCAAGCGAGAAGUUCAGAAGUUCGAGACUCUGAUACAGAAUGAGUGAAUUGCUUGGCUUUCUGGUGUCAUAUGGACUGUUUUAUGUUGAUGGCCUUUUUUGUUCUAUAUUGCGGGCCUGUUGUUUUAAGAUUCAGAUGUUAGGUCCUGGAUCAUAUCAUUUAUUCAGACAGCCCUGAAGCCUCCAUUUUGAAACCCAAGUGCAGUAUGCCUUUUGGCGUAAGAUGUCGAUACAACAUCUUUAGAGGCUUCAAUGUGGUAACAACUAAUUUAUUCCACAGGAAUUUCUUUUGCUAAUAAUUUUGCCCAAAGAGUUUUGCUCUUGCCUUCUCUUUAUUGCUAAAAUACCGUUUCAUGCUGACUUUUCUUUUUGAAAAAUGAGAAAUUGUGACCGUUUAAACUCGAAAGUAACUCCUAUAGAAAAUAUGUUUUAAUGUGGUUGCAGAUUCUAAUUAUUUGGAUACUUGGUGGGCUCUGGAGGAAAGAACAGAGUUAUUUGGUUUGAGUACCAGGAAAAAUUUCACUUUUGUUUAUUCAAUUCUUGAGCUUCAGGACUUUGAGCAGUUGGCUAUAUUGGCAAUGGAGUGCAACAAGGAUGAAGCUUUCCGAGCAAAGCAAAUUGCUGAGAAGAAGAUGGAAAAUAAUGACUUUGAAGGGGCUCGAAAGAUUGCUCUGAAAGCUCAAAAUCUUUUCCCUGAACUUGAGAAUAUAGCUCAGCUACUGACUGUCUGUAAUGUUCACUGUUCUGCACAAAACAGGAUAUUGGGAUCUGAAAAGGACUGGUAUGGAAUCCUUCAAGUUGAAAGGUUAGCUGAUGAUGCCACCAUCAAGAAACAGUACAGAAGACUUGCACUUCUUCUCCAUCCCGAUAAGAACAAAUUUCAUGGUGCAGAAGCUGCUUUUAAGCUGAUUGGGGAAGCAAAUAUGGUACUGUCCGACUCUGCAAAGAAGUCUGCAUAUGACAGUAAGGUUAGAGUUUCAGUUAGAACAGCUCCAGCAAAUACAUCGCAUUGUCAAAACAAUAAUUCAAAUGGUUUUGCUGCUCGUGGUCAGAAUAAAUAUCAGAUGAAGCCGCCAAAUUCAGUAGCUAGACAGGCAGUUUUCUGGACUUGUUGCCCAUUUUGUAGUGGAAGAUUUCAGUAUCCGAGAGAAUAUGUGAACAAAGCUUUACGAUGUCACAAUAAUAGCUGCUCAAAAGCCUUCAUUGCUUAUGACAUAGGUGCUCAAGGAAUUCACUUGGGAUCCAAAUGGGCUCAACCAGGUGUUCAAAAUGCGUCGUCAAAAUCCAGCCAGAGUCAACCUUCUCUUUCUGAACGAAAAGAGGUCCCAGAUUUGCGUGCCUUCAAAAUGGGUGCAGAAAAUACCACUGGAUCCUCAGAUUCUCAUGCAGGAUCUCUUGGAGGUGCCACCAGUAGAAAAAUUGGGUCAGAAUCAGGUCCUCGGGCAGAAAUUGCAGCUGAGAUUGGUGAGGAUUUGAAGGCAAAAGAAAAAGAUAGCAGAACUGCCCAAUCUUUGAAUGUUGGAAAGCCAGGGGGUGCGAUGCCCAAUGGAGAUUCAAUGCCUAGAAAAUCAAAAAAUUUGAAAAACAAAAACAGGAAGAGAGGCAGGAAGGUGGUAAUGGAAUCUAGUGAGAGUUCUGACACAAGUAACUCUGACUCGGAAGAUGUGGUUAUUGAGGAAAAUUUUGACACCCAGGGGACCAGGAUAGAUCCUGGUCUUAAUGGCUUCCGUCGUCUAAGGAGAGUGGGUCAGCCUAGGCAGAAUGUCUUGUGCAGUAUAAGUGGCGAUGAUGACUUUGCUAGCCCUCCCAAGAGAUGGCGUGGGGACAUAUUAUCAGGUGAUGGUAAAAAGGAGGAAAAUACUGUGGAUGGUGAAGUUUCAAAACAUGGAAAUCCAGCUAGUUUUACUACUGAUGAAGAUAAUGUCCAGACAAAAGUAAAAAAAAUGGGAACUAUUCCUCCUGAAGGAAGCUUCUCGGACAAGAAUGCGGAGAGUGAAGAAGUUAAGGUUAAAGGACAACCAGCUGGUAUGCAGGGCACAGGUGUUGAACCUAUUCAUGUCUUAGAUGAUUCUGAUUCUGAAUCAGAUUCAGAUUCUAGUAUUGAAGAUAAGAAAGUUUACGAGUGUCCUGAUCCAGAAUUCCAUGAUUUUGAUAAGAUUAGAGAAGAAAAAUGUUUUUCUGCUGGUCAAAUCUGGGCUUGUUACGAUACAUUAGAUUGUAUGCCUAGAUACUAUGCUCAGAUAAAAAAGAUAAUUACUCCUGGAUUCAAAUUGAGCAUCCACUGGUUAGAAGCUAAUUCUGAGGGUAAAGAAGCAAUUACUUGGGCAAAUGUGGAGUUGCCUGUUGGCUGUGGCAAAUUUAAGCGUGGGAAGACUGAAGAAGCUUCAGAACUUUGUACGUUCUCUCAUAAAGUGCAUUUUGAAAAGGGUAGGAGCAGAGGUUCUAUUGUCAUAUAUCCUAGAAAAGGAGACAUCUGGGCUCUUUUCAAGGACUGGGAUAUAAAAUGGAGUUCAAACCCUGAGAAUCAUAAGCAUUUCAACUAUGAAAUUGUGGAGGUUAUGUCAGAUUUUGUUUUUGGUGCCGGAAUAAAAGUUGCUUGCUUAGAUAAAGUUGAAGGAUUUCUGAGCCUAUUUCAGCGAACAAGCCAGAGUGAGAUUGAUUCAUUUUUAAUACGACCCAGUGAACUGCUUAGGUUCUCCCACCAAAUUCCCUUUUUCAAAAUGACUGGCAGCGAAAGAAAAGGAGUCCCAGAAGGGUCUUUUGAACUUGAUCCCGCUGCAUUACUCCUACAAGGCUAAGGGGGACAAGCAGAAACAGGGAUGUCUGAAGUCAAUGUUGCAUGGCCAAAGUUUAGCUUUCCACGAUGGCUAUUUUCAUUUUUCCUUUACCAACUUGAUCUGCUUGUGGUUAUCGGAAGAAAUAGAUUUAUAGCUUCUGAUCUUCCGAUAGUUGGAGGCACCUUUCUGCGAGGAGCUUUUUACAUAGCUCUAAGACAGUUUUGCAGUUAAUUACGUUUCCUUAGCUGCUGAGUAGUUUUUCUUUGCAAGUAAUUUCGGCUCGACUCUUACCAUAAUUUAUACAGCAGUACCUUUACUGCUUGUACAUCGAUUUGUCUUUUUUUUUUUUUCAUUCAUCAUCCAUGAUACUUUCUUGUGGUAUUUAUUAUUUACCCUGCUUUCUGUCA